AGUAAUCACACAACUUUGUGGAAAUCCGCCACAUAACGCGCCCGUGGUGCCUCAAAAUAGGCUCGGUCGCUGCCUUCAGCACCCCUUCUCCAUCACACCUCCCGUCCGUGCCGUGCGCGCGCGCGAGAGACAGCAUAAGCACAGCAGCAGAGAGGUGGCCGGGCAGCAUGGAGCUCUCCUCGGCCGACCAGAUCGAGCAGGAGUUCGCCGACGAGCUCCAGAGCAUGUCGCUGCAGGAGAAGAAGGAGGCUGCCCUCAGCAAGCCCAGCCUCGCGCGUGGCUUCUCGGAAAUUGAUCCGAACAACGAGGCGGCGGCCCGCGGCACCUCCGCACAAAAGCAGGGCUCCUUCAGCGCGCGGCAGCUGCCCGACGAGCCGUCGUACCGCGUCGCGCUCCAGUCGCGCUACGGGUCCGUGGCACCCCCGCUCGCGCGGACCUUCACGGAGCGCGACCCGUCGUCGCCCGGUUCUCCCCCGCCCCCGAAGGCGGCGCCGGCGCCGAAGCGGACCUUCACGGAGCCCGAGCGGCCCUUCCCGCCGACGGAGCCAGCCAAUAAGGAGGCGCUCCUCAAGGCCGCGCGCGAUGCUAUUGAGGUGGAGGCGGCCGAGAAGAAGGCCCCAGCUGCGAAACCGGCCCCGAAGCCGGCGCCGAAGAAGGCGGCCCCACAGAAGAAGAAGCUCACAGCCCGCGAGCGGACACAAAAGCGCAUGUCCAAGGGCAAGCGCGUGACCCAAAAACUCAAGCGCCGCUCGAAGCAACUCUUCCAGGUGUCCAUGUGGAUGCUGCUGGUCGCGGCGUUCGUCGCGGGCUUCCUCUACAUUCGACGAAGGUGGGCCGAGACGCCGUCGAUCAUACCGCUCGAGGACGUCUUCGGGGCGCCCUUCAACAAACAUGUGGAAAUGGAGGUGACCAUCGACGAUAAACAAGCGGGGAGCCUGCGCUUCGAGCUUUUGGACCAGGUGGCGACGGAGACGGCCCAGGCAUUUUCCGACAGAUGUAAGGGAGGCGCGCACGACGGCAACGAGUUUUAUCGGAUCGUGCCGGGCUUCGUCAUGCAAGGCGGCGACGACUCCGAGGACCGCGAGGACCUCACGGUCAAGCCUUUCAAGCGGGGCCUCCUGAGGCACGACCGGCGCGGUCUAUUGGUCAUGGUAAGGGCAGGCCCGUACCAGAUGACGUCGCAGUUCUUCGUCACCCUAAAAGACGCGCCGAUGCUCGACGGGCGCCACGUGGUCUUUGGGGCACUCGCGGCCGGCGCAGACGUUCUUGAAAGAAUCGAGACCCAAGGAAACGCCGAGGGCGCGCCGUUGAAACCGGUGCGGAUCGCGUCGUGCCGCGUCGUCGAGAGCGCGGGCGGGACAUCUCCGUUAUUCCCGGCGGCGGAGAACUACGGGCGGGUGGAGCUCUAAACACACUUGA